AUGUAGGUAGGACGCGCGAGAUGAGCGUUGUGCGCAUGCGUCCUGUGUGUGUGGGUAAUGUCGCUGUGAGAGUUAGCUUAGCUUGCUCGUUAGUUUGAAAUAGGCCUGUAAAAGAUAGUAACGUCAAAUACCAACGUGAUUCUCAGCAGCGUUUGGAAAAUGAGUUACGGUAGGCCACCGCCCGAUAUAGAGGGCAUGACUUCGUUAAAAGUGGACAACUUGACGUAUCGAACAUCACCAGAAACUCUGCGCCGAGUGUUUGAGAAGUAUGGUAGAGUUGGGGAUGUGUAUAUUCCCCGAGAUCGUUACACUAAAGAGAGCAGAGGUUUCGCUUUUGUCCGAUUCCAUGACAAGCGGGAUGCCGAAGAUGCGAUGGAUGCGAUGGAUGGAGCAAUUUUAGACGGACGGGAACUGAGAGUUCAGAUGGCCCGUUACGGAAGACCACCAGAUUCUUACUACGGCGGGGGCCCGCCAAGAAGGUACGGAGGAUAUGGUCGUCGCAGCCAUAGUCCAAGGCAACGAAGACGCAAACGAUCAAGAAGCAGAAGCCGCUCACAAUCUCGGAGCCGCUCUCGCAACAGCAGGUCGAGGUCCCGUUCCUAUUCUCGUUCCCGAUCCCAUUCAAAGUCACGUACACCUCGCAGGAGCAAAUCUAAGUCACCAUCCAGAUCUAGGUCUCGAUCAAGGUCCAGAUCCCAAUCCAAAUCAAAGUCACACUCCAGAAGCCAUACACCUGCAUCCAACAAAGACUCCAAGUCAAGGUCGCGAUCCAAAAGUCAACCUAAGUCCACUGGAGAGGACGGAACCGGGUCCUAAGGAAUUAUGCUGCUGAGUGCUGUCUGCUGUAAAAGACGAGUGUGAGGGGAAGUUUGAGCAGUUAGGUCUGUGUGAUCCCGCUGCCUGCCGCUGUUGGGGUUGCUAUGGAGCAGAUUGGUGUUGGGGUGGUUUAAAGGUAUGUCUGUGAGACGCUGGACUGCCAAAAUGUCAUUAUGUACAGCUCUCCUUUUGAGCAUCAGUGGGUAACUACAGGUUGUCUCCUUUGUUUGUUUUGGCCCCAUCAAGUUCCUUUGAGACACAUAACCGCGCAUAGUGUCUAAAAACAUUCCUAUUUUCAGCAGGUAUGGCUAGUAACUAAGACAAUAGUUAACAAUGAAUAGAGUGCAUUUCAAAAAUUCUGCAUUUUUAUUGUAGGUAUGUCAUAUUGAGUUUAUUAGUUUAGCUGUAAUACAAGUUAUCUGCCCUGUAUUGGGUUGAUCUGUAUAUGAAUACUUUAUUGGACAACACACAUUUUGUAUGCUUUGGUAGAUUUUUAAGUCAAACCAGAAAAUGUAAACCUUUUUAUGAAAUGUUGAAAGCAAUCUUGUUCUGUGUUAUUGGAAUUACUUUUAUGAACUGGGCUACUUUUUUAUGCGCACUAUGUGAUCUAAUCACAUUUUCUUUCAAGACCCCCAGAAUACUACUGAGUCACUUAACCUCCCUAUUUUACAUUUUACAUUCAUCUUUGACACUCCUAUGACCACUUUCUUGCUUUCCUCCAGAUAUAUGCAUCUGUGAGACACCUCUGAAGAUCUUGCCUGGAAGCCUGAAAUACUCCUUGCGCACUACGGAUGAAAGGUGUUUUCAUUGUUCAACCAUUUAGCCAUUUCACAAAUUUCUUAGUAGCUUGAAUAAGGUGGUUAAUUUUUCAUGUCCUGAUGUCUUUUGGUUUAUUGACUAGGAUGAGCACCACUUUUGUAUUGAUUUCUAAGGUAAACCCUUUUAAGGUAGUGCUGAGGUCUCAUUUGUACCUCAUUUGUGAUUUUUGGGGUUUUUUUUCCGGUAAAGAAUCCCUUUGAUUUUUCUUGUUUUAAUUUAUUUCUGAAGUAAACUGUUUAAUCUACACCAAUUCUGAAAAAUAUUUGGGAAGAAUUUUCACUUUUUGAUGAGAAUAAAUUGCAGGUCUGAUGUUACAUCUUUGUAUUAUUGGUUUUCAUUCAGUUUACAACUUGGUUCUAACCUUCUGUCUUGUGUAUUUUUUGUGCACUAGGCGCAGUUGUAAAGCAGUUGAGUAUUGCUGGUUAGCUGUUAAGAUCCAGUGUUGCAGUGCUGAGUGCUUGGCUGUUUCCAGUUGGCUGUUUCCAGAUUGCUUUGGUGUGGCUGAUAAAACAGCACCUGCAAAUAACUGCUUGGUGGUUUAUGAUUGUCUGCAAAUCUACUUUCUUUUGCUGUUCUAUGAAUUAUAUAAUGCUAUUGGAUAUAACAAAAGUUUUGGUUUUUUUUUAAUUUCUGAAUCAUCAAUAAACUUGUUGGUGCAUUUUC